GUUUGAGAGCGACUUCAAACAGAGUGCAUGCACUGAACUAACUCUGAAAAUAAAAUAAAAACAGAGCUACUUCCAAUGGAGGAAACUACAGUAACUGUCGUCGCGACCAAGCGUUACGCUCUUGAUCCUUACGUCAAGGUCAUUCAAAGUCGAUCAAACGACAUUGAUGUCUCCUUCUCCUCAUACCUAAAACCAGAUAACAAUAAUUACGAACAACAAAAGGAGCAAGAAGAUACUGAGCUAAGCAUAUUCGAAGCCCGAAGUUACUUUAGCGAAAGCGGAGGAAACGAUAAUGAUCCAAGAUUUUCUUCUGUUUCAUCUGCGAAAGUGUCUUCUUUUACCGUAAGACACACGGCAUCGUCUGAAGCUAGCUGGAACAGCCAAACCGGUUUGCUUUCCUACAAUAACCGGCAAGGGUCUGACCGAGACGGGCGUGGAAGCAGCAAGAAAGGACCCAGAUGGUUUUUCAGACGCAGGACAUGUCCUUGUUCUAGCUCCAAGUCGGUUCAGGUCCAAGAAACCAAACCUAGAAUCGCGGAAUCAAGAACCGGUUCUGAGCGAACCGUUUCUAACCGAACCGCUCAUCAUAACCACCAGACUAUAUCUUCGAACGUCCCUUCAUUUAGCAGUUUUAGUUUCCCGACUUUGAACGAACCAACACAAACCAUAGAAAAACACAAGAGUCCGGUUCUGAACCGAAUUGAACCGGCUCUGCAUCCGGUUAAACCGGUUCUGAGUCUGACAACACCCAAGGGAGUUAUUACAGACGAAGAAGCAGCGAGCGAUGAUAGCUCAGACCUCUUCGAGAUAGAGAGCUUCUCUACUCAACACGUAGCUCGUCCGUGUGCCCCACAUGCAGCUGAUCUCGUCAGGAACUCGAUAGACGACACUGCGACUGAGUACGGUUACGAGCCGAGCGAAGCAAGUGUUACGUGGAGCGUUACAACCGCCGAGCCUGCCUCCACAAUGGCGACUAACUUCUCAAGAAUCAGUUUGUCACAGUCGCCUCUGGCGUUUAGCGGUUGCGAUAAGAGAAGAACGUGCUUAUUGGACUGUCGUUGUGAGAAAGCGGUUAUAGUUAGUGGCGAUAAGCGUUUGGUUCAGCCGCUUAAGAGAGUUAGGUUUCAGGAUGAUGUGGGGCAAAAGGUGUUGUGCAACAAUGGCAGUUCUAAACUAAGCUUGACAAGUCGAGAAAUGUUGGCUAAUAAUUCCUCUUUUUUGAAUUAGUUAUGGUAAUAGUGUUUAUCUUAGUUUGUGAGCCU